GCGGGCAGCGCCGGCCGCGCCAUGACGGGCAAGACCGUGCGCGACGUGGAGCGGUACCAGGCGGUGCUGGCGGCGCUGCUGGCCGAGGAGGAGAACAAGUUCUGCGCCGACUGCCAGGCCAAAGAACUAAGCAAGAUUGCAGUACCUGUGAGCAUAAGCUGCAGGGCUGGUAUGGACCCACUUGACUUCAUGCUCUAGAGGCAUUCUCUGUGGUAGAGUAAAAGUCACAUUUUCAGGAGCAUCAGCUCUCUUGGCUAUUGGCUGGGCCCUGCACUCUGGGGGCCACGAUGGGCAUCCUGGAACAUCGGUGUAUUCAUCUGUAUUCGUUGUGCUGGGAUCCACAGGAACCUAGGAGUUCAUAUAUCCAGGGUAAAAUCUGUCAAUCUGGACCAGUGGACACAAGAACAGAUACAGUGCAUACAAGAGAUGGGAAAUGGCAAAGCAAAUCGUCUUUAUGAAGCCUACCUGCCAGAGAACUUCAGGAGACCUCAAACGGAUCAAGCUGUGGAGAGCUUCAUUCGGGAUAAAUAUGAGAAGAAGAAGUACAUGGACCGAAGUAUUGACAUCAGUGCUUUUAGGAAAGAAAAGGAUGACAAAUGGAAAAGGAGUAAUGAACCAGUAUCAGAAAGAAAACUGGAACCUAUCAUCUUUGAGAAGGUGAAAAUGCCUCAAAAGAAAGAAGAAGCACAGCAGUCUAGAAAAAGUUCUCCUAAAUCUACUGAGCCAGUAAUGGACUUGCUAGGACUUGAUGCUCCUGUGACAAGCACAGUGACAAACGGCAGGCCGAGCAGCUUAGAGAAGGAUCUUGAUCUUUUUGCAUCGGUGGGAUCAAACUCUGACUCCAGGAAGGUCACUGGCUCUAUGCCAACCUCUGGAAGUGCUGGUUCUGUUCCUGAAAACCUGAAUCUGUUCCCUGAGCCAGGAAGCAAAGGGGAGGAAGUGGGGAAGAAGCAGCUCUCUAAAGACUCCAUCCUCUCCUUGUACGGCUCUCAAACACCUCAGCUGCCUGCGCAAGGAGCAAUGUUCAUGGCCCCAGCUCAGAUGGCAUAUCCUGCAGCAGCAUACACUAGCUUUCCAGGAGUAGCCCCCUCCAGCAGCAUGAUGGGAGGCAUGAUGGGACCGUCGGUGGGAAUGAUGGCCCAGCCUGGAGCUGCCGGGAUGGUGGCUCCCAUGGCCAUUCCAGCUGGAUAUGUGGGUAAUGUGCAGGCAGCUGUCAUUGGUGUUCCCAAUGGGAUGAUGGCUGCACAGCAGGCUGGCUACGUAGCUGGCAUGGCAGCAGUUCCCCAGCCUGUCUAUGGUGUGCAGCCGGCACAGCAGCUUCAGUGGAACAUUGCUCAGAUGACCCAGCAGAUGGCUGGGAUGAACUUCUAUGGAGCUAAUGGCAUGAUGGGAUAUGGACAGUCAAUGGGUGGAGGAGGUGCCCAGGGAAGCAAUCAGUCCCUCAGCACUCAGAUGUGGAAAUGAGCCCUUGCGUUGUGACCAUUUCUGCCUUCUGUUCUGUUCUUCAAAACUGCUCCAUGAGACAUUCAGGGUUUUUCUUUCUGGCUGCCUGCUCAGCCUGAGCCUCUUUCCAUAACCGAGACCCAUCUCUGCCUCGACACUGUCAGACACGGUGAAACCUCAGUGAUCAGAACAUGAGCUCCCCUGUAUUUAGCACAGUCAAUGCACACUUCUGGGGCGGGCCCCUCCUUGCACAAACCUCCACCAAUGCUUCUGGGCAGCACUUGGUGUCCUGCAGGGUAUCUUGGCGGAGGUGUGACUGAGGGACUUGGGAAGUCUGCACUUAAUCCUGCCUGCGGUGUCAGGCCUCCUAGGAGUCACUUCAAUGUCAGUAUUAGGGGUUGUGGUUAGCAGAGGGGUGGGAACCUGGUUUGGUGCUGAGGAACUGGAUUUGAACCCGAGCCCAGGGGCAGGCAAGCCUUGCUACCUCCUGCCUUGAGCGGAGUUCUCCAGAGCUGAGGCCUUGGCUCGCCAACCCUCGUUGGAACCAAAGUCAUUGUGAAGACCCCUCUCCCUCCCCCCUGAGCAAGCCGGAUUCUCGCGCAGCGUGGGGCAAGCUGUGGAAUGUGAAACUCGCACUUGAGUGGCUUUUCUGUCUAAAAUGUGGUAUUGAAGUAUUUAACUUUUAACAGUCUAACUCGAGAGGUAACUUACGGAGGGCUGAGAGCCCGCCGCCACUUUUCUUACUCUUUUAAAAUGACAUCCUAAUUUAUACUGGUUUCCUAUUAUGGUUUUGUUCCUGUGUAAUCCCAGUCCCCCUUCCCAGGUGGCUUCUGACAUUUUAAUCUAGGCAUAAGUAGUAGGUGGGUCAGAUUUCUUUUCUCAUCUUCAGUAGAACACAACUGCUUCAACUCAUCAGCGUGAGCAAGAAGUCAGACUUCUGCAGUCUGCUUUACCCUGUGUAUAUGUAAAUUCCCAAUAAAACAUUGCAGUGAAACCUCA